AUGCUUCUUCGGCUGCUUCUCUCCGAUGGCAGCUACACCUCUGUACUCAGUCCUGACAAUCUGGUUUGGCCUGCGCUCAACGCCGUCGCGUCGAUGCUGGGGCUCUUCACCGUCGUGGCGUCCUACGAGGUUCCCGACUCAAAAGCUGCACUGGCGACGGCUAUCAUCGACAGCAACUCUGUGCCUAUGUGCGUCCUGAACUUUGUCUUGCUCGGGGAGGUGCCGAAGAUGUCAAAGACUGUUGGCAUGGCCAUGGUUUUGCUCGGUUGUUCUGUGGCGUCUUUGAGAUCAGAAGAUGGAAGCUACAAGGUCUUGCCAGCUUACCCGGUGGAGAAUGCAGCGUGA